GACUACUGGAGGGCAGAAUCGUCGGCCUCACGGUAUCGAUGGGGGGCGUUACCGGAUACCUUGACCCUCCCCAUCCAGGAGUUGAUCGAAUGCGCCCGAGCAAAAGGAGUUCUGCGAAAGCUAGAUUUUGGCGACUUUCCCAGUGUUCCUCCUCAGCUGAUCCGUCAUGCGUUGACCGCUUGUCGAGCUGUGUGUAUUAUGGGACUCAGACCGGAAGCCGAGGAACCAGAGGAAAUACUAGUAGAGAAUUUGACGGAGCCCCGCGUUGUACCGCCCUUUCUUUCUCGUUUCAAGACCACGAUUGUCGACAUGGGCAGCGUGCCCAACUAUGAUCUGGACCUGCGCGGAAAUGCAGGGGAUCAAUCAUUUCUCAGAGUAGUCCCAAAGGUAUUAUCAGCUGUCAGCGGGACCCUUGAGUACCUAUUGAUUGGACUUCCUUCGGAAGAAUGGUCGCCGGAACAACCCCCUUUACCAUACCCAUCGGACAUCCAGACGCUUCCGGAGAGCUUGCCUCGACUGCGGCAUCUCCAAGUCAGUUUCGUAUACUAG